AUGAUUGAGGGAAUGGUGAAGGAUGGUGUUAUUGAGCCUUCAUCUAGUCCAUGGUGUUCACCUGUAAAGAAGAAGGACGGCAGCAUGCGGUUUUGUGUUGACUACCGCCGCCUGAACGACGUUACAAGGAAGGACAGCUAUCCCUUGCCAAGAAUUGAUGACACGCUGGACAUGCUUACAGGCGUAAAGUGGUUUAGUACGCUGGAUCUGAAAAGUGGCUACUGGCAGGUUGAAAUUGACCCUAAGGACAAGGAGAAAUUCUCCACAGGAUAG